GAAAGAAAAGUUGUUGCAAUACUAAAAAAGACCCAAGUUAAGAAUAUUGAUUAGUAAGUUGAAGUUAUUUCGCGUCAUAACAGAACUACUGAAUACGUCAACAUUUAUCAUGCAUUGCUUAAUUACAGAGCUGCUUUUGAUUUUUAUUACAUUGUUUGAGACAGGACUUUGCGAUGACAGGUGGCCUAUAUUUAUUAUUGGACACGCGGCAAACUCCAUUGAAGAUGCUCUUUCUCAUUUAGACAAUGGAGCAAAUGUUUUGGAAUCGGAUGUUCAGUUCUUUCCCAACGGAUCAGUCAAAGAAUUGCUUCAUGGCUGCGAUACUUAUCAUGACUGUGACGUGCCGUGUGACAAACAUGUUGAAAUGCCCAAGUACUUCAAAUACUUACGAGAUAUAACAAACCCUUCUAGAAAAAAUUCCUACUAUAGCAAAUUAAUCCUGCAAAUGCUAGAUUUAAAACUAUCUACUUCAAAUGACCUCAGAGAGUCUGGACGUGACUUAGCAAGGCACUUAUUAAAAUACUUAUGGAGUAAGGGAGACAGGCCACAAGAGGU